AUGGCUGACGGUGGAGGCGGAGCAGCAGGAGGUGGAGGAGGAGGUCGCUUCUUUGGCGGUGGAGGUGAUGGAGGUGCAGCCGCCGCUUCUUCUAUCGGCCACCACACACCUCCUCACUCUCAUCAUCCUCACCCUACCCAUGGCUUCGGUGGACGUAACCAGCAGCGUCCUACAUCCAACGCGACACCGACCUCGCAGAACCCGAGAAUGGCCGCUACCUCGUUCAACGCCCGACCUCCACAGCGCGCCGGUGCGACAGGAGAAGAAGCUCAAUGGUCGCUCAAAGACAUCUACUGGCAAGGAAGAGAGUGUAAGAUCAUCACACAGAAUCAGAACGGUCCUUGUUCGCUCAUCGCCCUCUGCAAUAUCCUCUUGCUUCGUGGAGAGCUGCAGAUCACACCACCCGAUAGGCCAGUGGUAAGCUAUACGUACCUCUCUGGGCUGCUUGCCGAGCAUCUUUUGACCAAAGGAGCAGAAGGUGAGGAGUUUCAGGCAGCUCUGUCCAUCCUACCUCGCACUCAGUAUGGGCUGGAUGUGGAUGUAGGCUUUGACUCGAUUCGAAGCUUUGCAGCUGCUCCGGGGAACAACGGAGGCGCGGGAGAGCUGGCACUGUUCAGGCUGUGUGGAGUCGAGUUGGUGCAUGGCUGGUUGCCUAAUCCUGCGGAUGGGGAAACCUUUGGAGCAGUCCAAACUGCGGGAAGCUACAACAAGGCGGUAGACAUCGUUGUUCGGGGUGACGAAGUUGCAAACGGCGCUGUGGUGAAGGAUCGCGGAGUAGGUGUGCUUGCAGCUACUCUCUCCAGCGAGGCAGCCGUGUCCAAUGGCAAAGCACCACAACGCAACGGCUGGAGCGACGAGCAGCGUGCAACUGUUCGACAUGCGCUGGCACUGCAAUCUUUCCUCGAUACACAGUCUACCCAGCUCACCUACCAUGGACUCUUUGUUCUCGCUCAAGAACUUCCCGCUGGCCAGCCAGUCGCACUCUUCCGCAACUCACAUCUUUCGGCCCUAUACAAGCGACUGCCGCACGAAGGAGUCGAUGCUGCCACCGGAGAGGGGACCAGCGCCAACGCACCACCCACACUGUUCACUCUCGCUACCGACUCGAGCUUCCUGAUGGAAGAUGAGAUCGUCUGGGAGAGUCUCGUCGAUGUCGAUGGAGCAAGUAGCGAGUUCUACGACGGCAAAUUCAAGAAGUCAACCAUGCGACAGGGUGACUACGUCGGUCGCGAAGCUGAUGGACUAGAUGGUGCGGGAGGCAGAAUGCAAAACGAGGAUGCAGACUAUGCGCUAGCAAUGCAGAUUUAUCAGAACGAUCAAGAAAGGUUGCAGAGACAUGAGCAGAGGAGAAGAGACAGGAGGUCGACGAGUGCCAGACAGCAGCAGUCGAGCAUGCGACAGGGCAAUGUAUUUGCAGCGGAUACAAUGGGUGCGACACCACAGCAGGCGUUCGAGACGCCAAAUGAGGUGUUUACUACCAUGCGGUAUGAGGUGACGGCGAGGGAUGAGCAAGGUGAUGCGUUGGUUGUCAAGACGCUCAUUCCGCAGAAGUUGCAGGAUGACAAUGCGUCUUUGCUCAGUAGAAUGCAAGGCUUGUCAAUGGGUCAAUCGAUAGCAAUCGCACCGCAGCCAGCGGUCCAGUCGACGAACUCAUUCUUGAAACCAGAUCAAAGCCAACCGACGCCUGUCUCGACUAAUCCGUUUCUCAAUACAGCUGCUACUGCCGCAACGACCUCGCAUCGACUGUACCGACACAUUCCACUCCUGGAUCAGCACCUGGAAAGACUCAGGGCCUCGACAGGUGCCAUCUGCCGUGCCUACUCUGCGGUGUGGUCGAUGGCUUUGCUCGAGCAAGAACGAUCUCUGGAGCCGCAACGCAUCCUCGAAGCCAUUGAAUCGAGCUUAGCCUCCUCUCCUGCUGACGGCGGCGCCGAGGGACAGGUGAAAGGCAUUCGAGUGGCAAUUAACAAAGACGGCUCGAUCAAGGUUACUCAGCGCAGUAUCAGCCCUUUCCCUAGCACUGUGGAGAGCGGGUUGACCGGCGUAGCUCAACCUCCAGCUGUACGGCUCGAUGCAAUGCCAACGCGCGUGCGCACGAUGGAUCUUGAGCCUAUUGUGUUCAACAAGACCGAUGCACGUGGGUUCUACGAGGCUGCAAAGCAGCGUGCUGGUGCGGAUCCGAGCGUGCUCAGUGGCAUGAGAGAAAGGGAUGGAAGGUGCUUUGAUGUGAUCUUGUGGAAUGAUGAACGGACGGAUACCUUAGAUGACAACACGGCGGAUGCUGCAGCGCCUCCAUCGGCAGCAAACAGGUUGGUGACAGAGUCGAGUCUGGCCAACGUUGUGGUGGAGCUGCUGCAGCCUAAUGGCGGACAAUCGCGAUUCGUCACUCCGCGCACAUCGACAGGCAUGUUAGACGGACUGCUGCGUCACUGGCUGGUGGAAAAGGGGGUUGUGGAAGAGGAGGAUGUGAAGGUGGACGAACUCUAUCAUUGUGUACGAGAAGGCACUGCGCAAGUUUGGCUUUGCAACUCGUUGCGCGGUAUCUGGCGUGUCGACUUGGCUGAUCCUCCUGGUGGCACACCUCAUGGGAACAUUGCAAUGGGUGCAACAGCAGGAGGCAAGACCAAGCAGACGAGAUUCUCGUCAUUCAUUCGGAGCUACUCUCGACACAACUCGUACGGUCCCACACCCGCCGCUGCUUCCGACUCUGCAGCAGUGCCACCGGCUAUUCCCGAACAGGCAGUGCACAGCCAAGUUGCCGACGACCUCUACGGACAUAAGCAGGGCAAGAAGGACAAGAAGGGGAAGAAGAUCAAGGGUGAUAAGAAGGAUUGCAUCAUCAUGUGA